AUGCAUCUUAAAAGCCACUCGGGAAAAAUGCUUUCUGAAAGCAGUUCAUUUUUGAAGGGUAUGAUGCUGGGAAGCAUUUUCUGUGCCUUAAUCACUAUGCUAGGACAUAUUAAGAUUGGUAAUGGAAAUAAAAUGUACCACCAUGAGCAUCAUCACCUACAAGCUCCUAAUAAAGAAGAUAUCUUGAAAAUUUCAGAGAAGGAACGCAUGGAGCUCAGUAAGAGCUUUCGGGUAUACUGCAUCAUCCUUGUAAAACCUAAAGAUGUGAGUCUUUGGGCUGCAGUGAAGGAGACUUGGACCAAACACUGUGACAAAGCAGAGUUCUUCAGUUCUGAAAAGGUUAAAGUGUUUGAGUCAAUUAACAUGGAAACAGAUGACAUGUGGUUAAUGAUGAGAAAAGCUUACAAAUACGCCUUUGAUAAAUAUAGAGACCAUUACAACUGGUUCUUCCUUGCACGCCCCUCAACAUUUGCUAUUAUUGAAAAUUUAAAGUAUUUUUUGUUAAGAAAGGAUCCAUCACAACCUUUCUAUCUAGGCCACGCUAUAAAAUCUGGAGACCUUGAUUAUGUGAAUGUGGAAGGAGGAAUUGUCUUAAGUAUCGAAUCAAUGAAAAGACUUAACAAACUUUUAAGUUUCCCUGAAAAGUGUUCUGAACAGGGAGGGAUGAUUUGGAAAAUAUCUGAAGAUAAGCAGCUAGCAGUCUGCCUGAAAAAUGUGGGAGUACGUGCAGAAAAUGCAGAAGAUUCUCAAGGAAAAGAUAUAUUUAAUACCAAAUCUGUUGGGCUUUUAAUUAAAGAGGCAAUGGCUAAUAAACCCAACCAGGUAGUAGAAGGAUGCUGUUCAGAUAUGGCUGUUACUUUUAAUGGACUGACUCCUAAUCAGAUGCAUGUGAUGAUGUAUGGAGUAUACCGUCUUAGGGCAUUUGGGCAUAUUUUCACUGAUGCAUUGGUUUUCUUACCUCCAAAUGUUUCUGACAAUGACUGA